AUGCCAAAGACCGUCCAGAAAACACUCUCCGGUAAAACAAUCAGUAAAGACAAAGGAAAGGCUGAAUCCCCAAGGAAGACCAAGACAGUAGUAGUUUACGAGGAGGAUGAUGGUGAUGAUUUAUUGGAUCCGAGCAUUUUAAAUUUAAUGGAGGACGAGGAGGAUGACGAUGUAUUAAAUGAUGAUUUUUUUGUGGAUGAAUCAAGUGAUGAAGAUGACAUUAUUUCAAGGCCAACAGAAUAUAGAGAGGAAGAGGAUGAGGAUUUUAGUAUAAAUCAUGAUUCGGAAGAUGAAGAAGAAGAUUGGGAGUCAAUGUAUUGCGAUGAGAGUGAAUCAGAUUCCGAGGAAGUGAAGAAGAAACCAAAAAAACAAACACCUAAACAAGCUUCUAAUGAAUCAUCAAACACUACAACUUGUUCAAAUACAAAUGCUACGAACUCUACAAAUGCAUAUGCUAGUAUUAUUACAACAUCAUCUACACCACCAAGCCAAGUCAAAACCUUCAACAAAUUAGUUUCCCGACUGAAGGGUAGAAUGAAAGACAAAAAAGAAAAUAGUUUCAAAGCAAAAUUUAAUCCAGUUGUUGCUUCCGUCGAGAAUAAGCCUGAAACUAUUUCACAACCUGAACCAGCUGCUAUCGUGCUGUCUAAGGAAUCCCCAAUAAUAGCCAAAUCUAAUAUAAUCGAGUCAAUUAAACCAACUAUCCAACAAGUUACACAAGAGAAACCUCUAGCCCAACCAAAUGGAACCUCACAGAAACAACAAGAAAGUCCAAUCGCAAUUUUGCCAAAUAGCUCUCAAGAAUCAGUGGCAAGCUCACAAGAAAAGCCAAAAAUCCAACCAAAGGAACAGCCUAAGGAUAAACCAAGAUAUCUUCAAAAGAAGGAUGAAAAAUCAAAAAAGGCUAUAGAAAAUCAACAUGUUACUCAACCAACAAAUGGAACAUUACAAAGUAGCUCUCAAGAGAAGCCAGAGCAACCAAAAAUCACAGAAAAACAAACUAAAGAGCAACCAAAAACAACAGAGGUACAAAAGGAGCAAAAGGAAUCAUCUCAAAACAAUAAGGCGACACAGGACAAAAAGUCGAAAAAAGAGAAGAACAAGGAAAAUUCAAAGGAUAAUUCUCAAAUAAGCUCUCAAGAAUCAGUGAAAAGCCCACAAGAAAAGCCUUUCGAACAGACAAAAGAUGUUGAAAUGAGUGAAAAGCCAACAACAGAAAACAAAAAAACGAAGAAAAAUAGAAAAAAUAAGAAGAAUGAUGAAGAUAAUAAGAAUGUAGAUGACAAGACUGAAAAUAAGUCUGAAAAGAAGGUGGAGGAUAAGAUUGAAGACAAGACUGAAAAGAAAUCCGAGCAAAAAUCUGACACUAAGAAUGAAAAGAAAGCUGAAAAGAAAACCAAAAAGAAUGAAAAACAUGAAAAAGGACAACUUACUUUGGAUGUUACCAAAAAUCCCGAUAGCAAUUCAGCUGAUAAGGCUAUUGAAACCAUCUCCUUAAUUACGCCAACUUCUACCACUCCUUCCUCAAUACCAAACGAGAUGGAUUUUGAGGUUGGAGGACUUGAUACAUCUGUUUGUGAGGUUGAAAAAGUAGAAAAAGUAGAAAAACGUAGCAAAUCUAAGAAAGAUAAGAAAUCUGCAGGUAAAAAAGAAAAAGCUUCUGAAAAACGUAGCAAAUCUAAGAAAGAUAAGAAAUCUACAGCAUCUAGUUCAUCAUCAGAAACUGAGAAUUCUGAAGAACAAUUGUCAUAUUUUUCUUGCCUCUGUUGCAAAAAAUCUCACAAGAAGUGUAGCAGACAUAUUCCAUCAUGUCUUACAUGCACAAAGAAGGGAUUAGAUUGUGUUUAUCCAGAAGCUCCUGCUAACCCUAAAAGAAAAACAUCAGAAACUAUGGUUUCUCCUAAAAAGAAGAGCUCCACUAGUGAAGAUGCCAAAUCUCCAAAGAAACGUAAAUCUGAAGAAAGUGACAGUAGCAAGUCUUCAAAAAAGACUAAGACUGAUUCCACAACUGCUGCUGAUGACAUGUCAGAUGAUGAUGAUGAUGAAGUUAUUUAUGUGAAAUCUGUAAAACCUGUCAAGGGUCCAAACAAUGAUCCAAGACAAUUAUCUCUUGAUGCUUUCCUCAAUAGAGAAUAUUAA